AUGGAGGGCCCACAGGCGCCCGCACCCGGGCCUAUGGGGAGCAAAGAAGCGUCGGCGAGAGUAUCGCCCGUCGCGUUUCGUCCUCUCGAGAGCAGGCCCCAGAACGGUGUGAAGCGCGCCUCCCGCGUGCGCGCCUCCGUCGCGCGCCGCGUCGCCAACCCCAUCGUCGCCGUCGCGACCCCCUCCGGCAAGAAGUCCGCCAACGAGGGCGAGAAGAACUGGUCCAAGGUUGAGUACAUCAAGGAGAACUCCGACUUUCUCCGCCAUCCCCUCAUCGAGCAGCUCGCCACCGAGGAUCCGUUCAUCUCCGAAGAUGCCGCGCAGCUGUACAAGUUCCACGGCGGGUACCAGCAGGACGACCGCGAGAAGCGCGCAUUCGGCGCCGGGAAAUUUUACCAGUUCAUGAUGCGAACCAAGCAGCCCGCGGGCACCGUCCCGAACAAGCUCUACCUCACCAUGGACGACCUCGCGGACUCCCACGGCAACGGCACGCUCCGUCUGACGACCAGGCAGACGUACCAGCUGCAUGGCAUCCUGAAGACCGACCUCAAGUCCACCUUCCAGGCUGUGAUUCGCAACAUGGGCAGCACGUUGGGCGCGUGCGGAGACAUCAACCGCAACGUCAUGGCGUCGCCGGCGCCUUACGCCAAGAACUUCAAACCCGAGUACGCCAUCGCGCAGGAGCUCGCGAAGGACAUCGGGGACCUCCUCGCGCCCCAGUCGGGCGCCUACUACGACGUGUGGCUGGACGGCGAGCAGGUUCUCACCGUCGAGAAGCCGGAGGUGGUGGCAUGCAGGAACGACAACAGGUUCGGGACCAACUUUGAGGGCUCCCCCGAACCCAUCUACGGCACCCAGUUCCUGCCCCGCAAGUUCAAGAUCGGCGUCACCGUCCCCGGGGAUAACCACAUCGACUUUUUGACCAACGACAUCGGCAUCUGCGUCGUGAUGAAGAAUGGCGAGCACGUCGGUUACAACGUCUACGCCGGCGGCGGCAUGGGCCGCUCGCACCGCAACAACGACACUUUCCCCAGGCUCGCGUCCGCGCUCGGUUUCGUCGGCAAGGACGACAUCCUUUACGCGGUCAAGGCGAUCGCGUGCGCCCAGCGCGACUACGGCCGCCGCGACGAUCGCAAGCAGUCCCGCCUCAAGUACCUCAUUCACGCCUGGGGCGUGGAGAAGUUCAAGGCGGUGACUGAGCAGUACAUGGGCAAGGCUUUCCAGCCCCUCGCCGACCUUCCCCCGUUCACCAUGCCCACCUACCACGGCUGGAACGAGCAGGGCGACGGUAAGCUCUGGUACGGCGUGCACGUCGUCAAUGGGCGUCUCAGAGGCGACGCCAAGAAGGCGCUUCGCGCCGUCAUCGAGCGCUACGAGCUCCCGGUUCGACUCACCGCCAACCAGGACCUCCUCCUCACCGACAUCGACCCGGCGUGGAAGUCGGAUAUCGUCGCGACGCUCACCGCCGCGGGCGUCAAGGACGCGAGCGAGAUUGACGCGCUCGACCAGAUCUCCAUCGCGUGCCCCGCGCUGCCCCUCUGCGGCCUCGCCAUCACCGAGGCUGAGCGCGGGCUGCCCGACAUCAACAAGCGCCUUCGCGACGUCAUGAACAAGGUGGGCCUCCCCGCGGACGAGCAGUUCCUGAUCCGCAUGACGGGCUGCCCCAACGGGUGCGCCAGGCCGUACCAGGCUGAGCUCGGUUUCGUCGGCGAUGGCCCGGGUUCCUACCAGAUUUGGAUGGGUGGCACUUCCAACCUGCUGAAGCUCGCGGAGCCGUACGCGGAUAAGGUGAAGGAGGGCGACUUCGAGACCUUCUUCGAGCCCAUCUUCUACGCGUUCAAGACUGGCAAGAACGCCGACGAGCGCUUCGGCGACUGGGCCAACCGCGUGGGCUUCAAGGCCAUCAAGGAUGCGCAGGAGAGCUACAAGGGCCUGCCCGCCGCCGCCAAGGCUGCGGCUGCGCCCGCCGCGGUUCCCGCCGCCGCCGCCGCCGCCGCCGUCCCCGCGGGCCGCCUGCCCCGCGUGAUGAUCGAGCGCGAGGCGUUCGAGGUGCUCAAGGCGUACGCCGAGGCGAACAACACCACCCUCACGGAGGCGGCCACCGCCGCCAUCCUCAAGCUCAAGAAGUAGGAGCCACAACGUGUAACUUUAGCAGUUUAUUAGCCCCGGGGACGUCGACUAUUUACUAGAAAGUGCAAGGGACCCUUUUCGAUUACGAAAGUAAACGUUUUAAAAC